AUGGUCAAAUCUCAAAGACUCAACCCCAAACAGCUAUCCGUCUGGCAGGUGACUAGCGAACAAACGGUCAAUGAGGCUUGGUGCAAUGCCACGAAUGCUAAGUUGGAAUUUGACGCUAAAGACAAUUAUGGAGCUACCCAUGUUGCCAGGGCUAUCAACGGCUUCGCAGCGACAACCUAUGAUGUCCUGAGAGACUUCAGUCCUAUGGUGGAGAUAGUCAGAGACUUGGGAGCACCAUUUGGUGGCAUGGCCGUGGGAACAUUGUGCUGUCUCUUCGCUAUUGCGAAAAACAGGGUCAGGAUUGAAGAAGAGCUUCAUCCAAUGCUGAAAGACAUCCACGAUCGGCUACCUGCUAUGAAUAUGUAUCAACACAUCUAUAACGAUGAACAUGAGUUAGAUCAUUUAUUACAAUCGGCUGUGGUUGAUGCUUACGCCUCAUUCAUGGAUUACUGCGUCGCGGCUACGGAGUUCUACACCCAAGGAAGCCUUUACCGAGUUUUUCAAUCCCUCACAAGCCAAAGUAUGCUAUCUCUGAAAGCUGAGGAUGUGAAAAGGGCUGUUGUCCGUGUCAGGGUUUGCUGUGAGGAUUUGCUUGGAAAGAAUGUCAACGCAAUAAAAGACCAGCUUAAGGAUCUACAGAUUGACAGCAGCGAUCUACAGAAUGAGAAUGACCUCAAGACUCUACAUCAUAUUGGAAGCUUACUUGGGAUCCAAGCUUUCUCAACGGAAGAUCACAACCAACAGCUCGAAAAGCAUCGGAGCGAUGUCAUAGCGGAGUUCUGGCCAAGGACCUGGCAUGGUGAUCAGGAACGCGAGUGGCAGCUGAGCCAAGUUCUUGAUGACCCGGAAUACCAAGGAUGGAUUCAAUCUCAUGAUUCUGGUCUCUUUAUAAUAUCAGGGGAGAACUAUAUCAGCGGUGCCACCAACUGCUGGGCAUCCCUGAUAGCACUAAACCUAAUCGACAAGGGCACUGGGUGCAAGCACGAUUCUUCACCUACCUCUGUGUAUUACCUGCUCGGGCAUCAUGAGAACGACGAGACUCAAUUCCACGUCAUAUCUUCGAUCAUAUACCAGCUCCUGUUACAGUACCGUAACGCUUUGCAAGACAAAACACAACUCGAUGAACUACUCGCGACACUGGCCCGUUAUCAGACGCUAUCACCGGUAGAGGGAUCGCACAAACAGAAUCUGUUGCAGAAUGCGGCCUUGAGGGCGAUUAGGAUGCUUCCUGGGGGCAAGGAUAUCUGGAUAAUGGUGGACCGCGUCGAUAAGUGCUGUGGUGAGCUACCGCUCUCCUCGCCAGGAGGGAGAAGAUCUCACAAGGCAGCUCGUGCACUGCUCAGAGCUCUCACCAGCUUGGUGAAGCCAGAAGGGCCGACGGUCAAGAUCCUGGCUGUUGUUAAUAGAGCUGAUUGGCGGGUGGAGGAGGAGGCGGAUGACUUCGAAGUAGACGGAAGAGUGUUGGUUAAAAGGUUUGUUCAAGAUUCAGAUUAA